AUGGCGGCUGUUAGUAAGUACCUGACAGCCAGAAAUUCCUCCAUCACAGGUGCUGCAGCUUUACUCACAUUUUACCUGCUUAAACACUACAGAAAAACCACCAAAUCCAGCGUAAAUAAUUUUCAGCAGGACCACAGGCAGCACAAAGGUGUCAUGGAUAAACUUUUUAUUUCCAGGAUUUAUAAAGUUCUGAGGAUUUUAAUGCCACAGGUUUUUUGUAAAGAGUCUGGAUAUUUGCUGCUGAUUGCUGUGAUGCUUUUGGCCCGAACCUACUGUGACGUCUGGAUGAUCCACAAUGGCACCAUGAUCGAGAGUGCCAUUAUUGGACGAUCCACAAAAGCAUUUAAAAGUUAUUUGUUCAACUUUAUCGUCGCCAUGCCAUUUAUCUCACUAGUGAACAAUUUUCUGAAGUUUGGACUAAACGAACUGAAACUCUGCUUUCGCAUCAGACUGACCAAUCAUCUGUACAGCCGCUACCUCAGAGGAUUCACCUACUAUAAGGUCAGUAAUCUGGAUAAUCGGAUAAAUAAUGCAGAUCAGUUACUGACGCAGGAUGUGGAGAAGUUCUGUAACAGUGUGGUGGAACUGUACUCCAACAUCAGCAAGCCUCUGCUGGACAUCAUCAUCUACCUUUGUAAACUAACCACUGGUGUGGGAGUUCAGGGUCCGCUGAGUUUGCUGAGUUAUCUGGUUCUCUCGGGUUCAUUACUGACGAUGUUACGCAGACCGGUCGGGAAAAUGACGGUAACGGAGCAGAAAUACGAGGGGGAGUUCCGAUACAUCAACUCUCGCCUCAUUACCAACAGUGAAGAAAUCGCGUUUUAUAACGGUGGCAGGAGAGAGAAGAUCAUCAUCCACCACACCUUCUACAAACUGGUGGAGCACCUGAAGCAGUUCAUUUUUUUCCGUUUCUCCCUGGGUGUGAUGGAUAGUAUCGUAGCAAAAUACGUGGCCUUCGUGGUGGGAUAUCUGGUCAUCAGUCGGCCAUUUUUAGAUCCGACGAACAUGAGGGUCGCUAAGAGCACUCAUGCUCAGAGACUGGAGGAGUACUAUCAGACGGGCCGGAUGUUACUCAGUAUGGCUCAGGCUUUAGGACGAAUUGUUCUGGCUGGUCGAGAGAUGAGUCGACUCUCAGGCUUCACAGCGAGGAUCAGUGAGAUUCAGGACGUGCUGGAGGACGUAAACGAUGGCAGAUAUGAGAGAACCAUGGUGUCACCCAGCAGAAAAGAUUCAGAGGACGAGCAGAAAUCAGAUCUGCUUCCUGGAGGGGGAGAAAUUCUGAUAGCAGAUAAUAUCAUCAGGUUUGAACACGUUCCUCUGGUGACCCCUAAUGGUGACGUCCUUAUCCAGGAUUUAUCCUUUCAGGUGCUGUCAGGUACUAAUGUGCUGGUGUGUGGACCAAAUGGCUGUGGAAAGAGCUCCUUAUUCCGAAUUUUAGGAGAGUUGUGGCCUCUGUUCGGAGGACGACUUACCAAACCAGACAGAGGAAAACUCUUCUACGUUCCUCAGAGACCGUACAUGACUUUGGGUUCACUGAGGGAUCAGGUGAUUUACCCCGAUACUCAAAACAAGCAGAAAGGAAUCUCUGAUCAGGUGCUAAAGGAUUACCUGGAUAAGGUUCAGCUGGGACACAUUUUGGAGCGAGAGGGCGGAUGGGAGAGUGUGCAGGACUGGAUGGAUGUUCUGAGUGGAGGAGAGAAACAGAGGAUGGCUAUGGCACGACUCUUCUACCACAAACCUCAGUUUGCUAUUUUGGACGAGUGUACGAGCGCAGUGAGUGUGGAUGUAGAGGAUUUCAUGUACAGUCACUGCAGGAAGGUGGGCAUCACCCUUUUCACCGUCUCACACCGUAAAUCACUAUGGAAACACCACGAGUUUUAUCUGCACAUGGACGGUCGAGGAAACUACGAGUUUAAACGCAUCACAGCCGACACGGUCCAGUUCGGAUCAUGAAUCAGUGUGUGUUUGAGAGAGUGUGUGUGUGUGUGUGUGUGUGUGUGUGUGUGUGAUUUCUCUGUAACAGAGGAAGUGAUGUGUGUCUCUCAGAGAGACUUCCUGUGUGAUGGAGGUUCUGUGAUUGUUACUGGAUUAUUUGUGGAUUUUUGCUGUUACGUCUGGAGUUACAGAGCAGCAGGUCAAGGGCCUCGCUCAGGGGCCCAACACUGGUAACUUGGCAGUGAUGGGAAUUGAACCAGCAACCUUCUGAUCAGUGAGCCGGCACUGCCCUGAGGUUCUGGAGUGUCUGUUGAUAAAGAAGGACUGCUGAUGAAGGACGAGACAUUUAUCAUGUUUACAAACAUUUAAAUAAAAUAAAAUUAAACCCCCGUC